GCGGUGUGUUGUGGGUCACUUCUCGUUGAACACGAUUCAAAAUGGCGUCUGUUGGAAGGUCUUUGGUUCUCUUUGGUCGCUCUGCUACGCGUAUGCGGGCAACGAACAACCGUCUUUUACGUGGUGUUCACUUCGAUGAAGGACCAGGACUGAACAUGCCGUUUCAAACACAGAACAAGACAAGGUUGUUAAUUGUGAUGGUCGCCUACCUGGGAACCUGCUUUGCACUUCCUUUUGUUGCCGUCCGAUUCCAGAUGGCCAAAGCAGCGAAUUCCUAAGGCUUCAAGAUGGCUUUGUGUAAAUUGUGUCUUGCUGUCCUCAAACUUGAAGAUUAUUCAAGGAAUGCUGCCAGUGGAUUUAUACUUUGUUAAAACUGUAACCAAAUGUUAACUAUUCUGAAAGUGGAGUGAAGUUAAGGCUUUUCAUAGUCUAAGUGUGAAAUAAAUUUAUGUAAAUUUUA